AUGCCUACAGGACGGGACCGGGAUAGAGAUUGGCGAAAAACAUUUUUCGGGAUCGGGACCGGGUUUCAAUCCUACGGGACGGGAUCGGGACGAACUCAAUCCCGCAGGGCUCUAAUGUCUACUGAAAUAGUAUACUAUAUACACAAAGAAUCUCAAAUUCACGAUGAUCCAUUGUUAGCUUCUACAUACACUCUCAUGGCUGAAGUAUAUGAUUCAAUGAGUGACUAUCCGACGGCUCUUUCAUUCUACGAGAAGACGGUUGAAAUUGAACAAAGAAUUUUAGGGCCAAAUAAUCCUUCACUGGCGACAACUUACAAUAAUACCAGUAUCGUGCAAGAUCCGAUGGGCAACCACUCAACAGCACUUUCGUGCUAUGAAAAAGCGCUGGCAAUUGAACAAAAUUCUGUCUCACCGAAUCAACUUUCGCUAGCGACGACCUAUUACAAUAUCGGUGGCGCAUAUUUAUUAAUGGAAAACUACCCUGCUGUCGUAUCUUCGUAUGAAAAAGCGCUUGAGAUUCGAGAAAAAUAUCUUCCAUCCGCUCAUCCAGAUUUGGUUCCCAUUUAG